UUUUCAUUUUCCAACAAAUUUCUGCCACAUUUCAUUCAUCAACUCCUCGUGUGUUUUCUAUAGAAAAAAAUCAACUAUGAAUAAUCCAAAUGAUUGCCAUUUCUACACAAUAAUUAUCGCUCUGAUAUUACUGCAAAACAGUAGCCCGUCAACCACGAUGGAUAUCCAUAAUGGACAAUCAUUGAUGGAUAAUCUAUAUCGUCUGAAUGAUAUUGAUACUGGAACGAAAACCAAGUCGACACGUGACAAGUGUGAAAUUGAAAUUAUAACUCGUGGCAGUUGUGUGGUGAAUAAUAACCCAAUUAAACCGAAAAUCAUUGUGCAUUUCAAAACUCGACCAUCAUUCCAAUCACCAACGGAAAAGAUGAGACAAACGAUCGAAGAAGAACAAGAAAACAAGCGGUUAUCCGAUUCGGUGGAAUACAAACAAAGUGUUAUUUAUGAAUUCACUGUUCAAUUGAUCAAACAUAUGAAAUUGGAUUAUGGUGGUCAAUUGAAACCGUUGAUCAUCGAUACGGUGCAAAGCAUUCAACUUCGUAAUUACGGCCAAGCAGAUGUUUAUGAAUUGAAAAUCUAUGGUUUGGACGAAAUAGAACCGGUGAAAGAAUCGAUUGAAAUGGAAAAUUCAUUGGAAUCAUCCAUUUGGGCUUUCAACAUGACAUUUUAUGCAGCAAACAUAACAGCCGAUUUUAUGGCCGACGUUAAUAUGGAUGGGAAAAUUUUCGUGAAAAAAUGGAAGCUUGGCAUCCGAAUCGAACAAUGUAGAUUUCGUGCUGGAUUCACACUCGAUUUCAGUCGUCAGUUUUUGUUUACAAAUUCAUUUCAAAUAAAAUCUUUCGGCGAUUUUAAACUGAUUUCCGAACCACUAACAUGGCCAUUCAAUGAGAUUGUUUCGAACAUUGUACAACAGGAGAAAUACUUUAUUCGCGACAUUAUUCAACUAUAUUCACAAAAAUAUCUCAACAUGACAUUGAGUAAUAAUUAUGACAUCAAUUCCAUACUACAGAAAAUUUUCGACGAUCAAGAUUGAUAAUGGUAAUUUGCCACUAUUCCGACUGGUUCAUGGUUGACUUUUCUGGUGUAUAUAAUAAUAAUAAUCUAUAAUCUAUCUAUCUAUAAUCUAUA